CGGCAAGCGGUCGAGGCAAGAGCACCGCCCGCUUCGUGCUCUUCAAGUCUCUCGGCCGCCGGGCUUUGAUGUGGUGUGCCGCGGCGCGUUCCCUUCACUGAAUUCGUGGCUGUCACCGGUAUCAGACGUGAACGAGCUGCGCCACAGUCGAGGACCUGGAUAUUUAUCUGCACCCGUGACUGAGUACCGUACACUUGUCAAAGUUGUUACGACAAGACGCUUCUUGUGAACUCUCCCACUUCAUCGGAGUUGUGCUCUCGAACUCCUCAGUUCAUCAGACGGGAGUGUUUCUGUCGAAAAUCAGCGAGUGUCUCUUUGGGCAUUUCGUGGUGUUUCGGCAUUUCGACCACCGCCAAUUUGUCAGUGUGGGCGCGUUCCUGGUGAAUUUUCUGCGCCCUCGUUCAUCGCAAGGAUGUGAUCUCUGCAGAAGUCAGCUGCAGUCGUAAUCGGCAACAUCUAGCUGAUGGACUCGAUGACUGUAUGCAGGUGAAGCUACCGUUGAAGGGAGAGCAAGGAACACGUCGGUAAAAUAAGAGCGACAGAAAGCAGUCAAACAAUCAGUUUCGGUCAUGAGUGCAUCUGUGCUUAGGUGACACAAGCUGACGCCGACAUUUACGCCCAUAGCUACUUUGUGAGUAGUCUGGGACGACACUUUGUGCAAGAAACACGAAGGAAUUUUUCUUCAAGAAGGUAAAUAUUCAAGAUUCUCCGUGGUCCAGUUGGCGCACAUCGUACUUGAAGAAAAAUAAAUCUGGCCGUGGAUUUCCAGUAGAACGGCGUGUUCCUUGUCCUAACCGAAUUGAAAAGAUCUCGGCAGCGUCCACUGCACUAGAAGCGAAGAUAGCACGAAUACCGGCGAAGUGGCACUCACGUGCGCGCACAUGUUACUAUGCCACCAUUGAAUUCUUCUGCGUAAGUACUCUUCCGUCGCCAUGCGAAUGCGUGUUGAGUACCUCAUGGAGGAUUAUUAAACGACAUCGGCGAUGUCCACACUUUAAUGACAGGAAAAGAUGAGCACGGCUGGUUGCUAAAUAAAUUGUUGCCGUUCUCCGCAAGUUUUCGCCAGUAGCCUACAGAAAACUGCGCCAACUGUAAACUCCCUGUGAGGCGACUUUUUAAGCGCUACGGGAGAGAUUUCGAGCGGUGAAAAAAAAAAGAAAAAAAGGAAAGAAACUAUCUUCAUUGAAUACGGCAAGCUUGUUCAAGCGAAAUACGCAGAAGGUCUCAAAUACGCAACUCGGAGAAAAGAAACAUAUAAGCAUACGGCAGUACUAUACAAAGUAUGAAUAGCAACCACGGCGUCUUUUCGAGCAAGCUGAAAAUUCACAAUGUUACAGAGUAGCAAGAUCUGCUGCUAGCGAAAGUUUGUGAAAUACAUUCAUCUCGUCGACAGCAGCAGCAACAACAAACAGCAAAGCUCUCUAGACGUGGGGACCUUGUCAUUCCGUUGGUCCAUCGUUUCGUGCAUUUUCCCCAAUUUUGGUUGGUAAUAACUUUAUUGAUAGUCCUCCAGAGCUUUCGCCGACCGGGUCUUAGGUCUCUCUCCGAAAUAAACCACGAUGGCUGACGUGUUCGCUGUGGGGCUCCACACCUUCGGCGACGGUGGAUACGCACCACACCUGCACAAAGUCAACGGAACGUGGGUUUCUGGCACAGGCUACGAGAUUGGCACUGGCUCCACGGGUCUUCUGUCACUGCUUUCUGUGAUCGGCACCAGCUUGUCGAUAGUCGGGGUCGUCCUGACCUUCAUAACGUACAGUCUGUUUUCGGACCUGAGGACACUCAGCGGUACGUCUCUGCUAAACCUCCUCGCCGCCUUCUUUCUCUCGCAUCUCCUGAGUGUCAUCGGCGUCGAACGUCCGAGUGACAAGAGACUGUGCGUUACCCUCGGUUUCCUUCUUCACUUCCUCUGGCUGGCGGUUCACUGUUGGCUCGCCGCCAUGUCUAGGGACAUGUACAAGACCUUCAGGGACAACAUCAAUCUUCAGCCGUCUCCCGCCAGCGAGGACCGCAAGUCGUUCCUCAAGGCGGCCGCGUUUGCCUGGGGCCUUCCGCUUCUUCUGACGGGUCUCUCCGGAGUGGUCCACUUCGGCACCGUGCUGGACCAGACGUCCGACGACAGGAUCACCUGCUGGAUUCUCGGUCGCGGCUCCUACCUCUGGACAUUCUGCCUCCCGGCAUUCGUCUUGGCCGUGUCUGACGUACGGUACUUCGUCAAGGCGGCCAUCUUGACCCGUUACACGGCCAGCCUACAGAUGAACCGCAAGACGAGGGACCGCAUGAAACGCAGGCGCUACCUGCAGCUGUUCCUCUACGCCAAGUUGCUCCUCGUCCUCACACUCACCUGGGUUGCGGGACUGGCUGCGCAGCUGGCGCGGCUCAAGGCCGUCUGGUUCGCCUUCUGCAUCCUCGCAUCAGUGCAAGGGUUCUUCGUGGCGCUCGCCUACUCCUGCAACUCGCGCGUCUUUCGCCUGUACAGCCGGUCCCUGCGUUCCGGAAACCACAACCGCAAGGGUUACGGAGCGUCCGAUCUGUCUGGCUCUACCGACUUGGCCUUGUUGACUUGGGAGCCCACGCCUGAUGCUGUGUGAACGGUAGCGAUCAACUGUGCUGAGACAGAGUACUCGAGGGGUGCGAGCGCAGUGCGAAACAGGACGGAUGCUUAAGUGCGUGAAACUGUUCUCUCAAGCGUGGCUUCGUAAGUCUUGAUAAGCUUUACGCGUGGCGUUUAUUGCGAAAAAAUUAUGACAGGUUAAACAAUAGAAGGAUACUAUAAGCAGCUUUGGAAGAACGAAACGAAAAUUUCUUGCGCGUUCAGAGUGGUGUGAAUGUCAAUUAACAUCGAUUGCUCUAAAGUCAUAUCCCUAAAAUUGAAAUUUAUACUCAUGACGAACCUCUACACGCCGCUCUGUAGUCAGCACCCAACUACAAAGCACUGGAAAUCCAAAGACACGAGACGACGCAAAAGCGCAAGGAAGCAACUGUCGCACGUCGCUCCAUCUGCAUUGUUGAACGCUUUGAUUCUGUUGUGAUAAUAGUGUUAGCGUCGAAUUUUGUGUCGGUGUUAGCAGUUGUAGGCAACAGCGCACUGCGAAAUGGAAAUUUUUAAUUCGUUGCACCAGCUGCUUCGCACGUCUGUCGCCACAACUUCACGUGCCGUUUGCGUGCAAGGAUCGUGUGACGACGCAACUUGGUGAGUGUCGAAGAACUGUGUUUACGAUCGCUCUGUUAAAACAGCCAUGACGACGAUGCAUAUCAGGUGUCGCAUAACUACAGAAAGACCACAGGUUCCAUGACCGCAUUAAAGAAAAAUGUGUUGUAGCGAGAUGUGUGAAGCAACCUUGUCGAAUAUUCAUUCUUAGCUCGAGUCGAGGCUCCUUGACGACAGUAUUGUGGUUCUUUCGAGAUGAAAACUUGCAUAUUUUAAAAGUUUAGCAUACAAAUGCCUUUUAAAAACGCACACUCCUUCAUUUCACAUGAGUUGCAUAUAAAAUAGGCUUGCUUCGUAUGUGUCUUAAAUAUGAAUGUCUAGAAUAUCCUCCAGAAGCUCGUCGCUACGUUAUCCAAGGUCAGCGGCGUGAAAGGCCUUCUGUAUAAUACCAGCCUAUACGGUUGAGAAUAACCGAGACACUACGUAAGAAAGAAUGCAUAUCAAUUCACACUGCAUUCAUCCCCUAUUGCCAAAGUUUGCAGAUUUGCCCACAGACCUUUCACGACUAAGGGUUAGUACGCAGUACAGGGAGCAUCGCAGAAUUUUUUUUUUUUUUUUGCAUUUUAGGCCCACUUUCUUUGCUUGCUAAAAAUUUAACCCGAUGCAUAAAAACACUGAUAUCAAAGUGCUCCCACAUAUUCCAUAUCAUAAAUGUUCGCGAGUAGAGUGCCGUACUGGGUAUAUUUGUGCGAGGUCGUUCCUCCAUGUGCUUUAGAAUACGUAUUACCGGUAUUUUAUGAAGGAACUUAUUAUUCUCGGUCGUUUAAAUGUUUACAGGUGUGGUCACUUGAGGUAAUGAUUCUUACAUGUGAUCCUAUAGUGCUGCAGUUCGAUAUAAUGAGUGUCGCAACGCUAGACGGUUUUCAAAAGAUCACGUUAUUAUGGCUCUUUUUCUUUUGUAUUUGGAAACCGUACCUCACCACCGAUGAGCACAGUGUUCUGCACCACGCUACGUUAAGUGAAACUUGUACAUGUGCCCUAUUUUAGUAAAAUCUUGAGAAAAAC